GUUCAUUGUAUUCGAAAAAAGAAGCAGUAUCUAUUUUUGAUAGGUUAUGUUUACCCGGUUAACUAUAAUAAAUUUCAAAAUAUUAUAGAAUAUAUGGUCUUUCUGUUAUAAUUUACUGUGUAAAAACAUUAUGGAAAACUGUCCUUCUGUUUCAAAAAAGGUAAAAAGUGGAAGUGAUAAAAGAAAAUGUGAGGAGAAUUACACAGAAGAAACAAUAAAAAAAGGUCCUAUAUUAAAAAAUAAAGUGUCCAGCUAUGUUCACAGAACUUCAAGUGGUUUUAAUUCCUAUUGCGAUAAAGGAACAAGCAGCUUUGUAGAAAAUUCAUCAGAAUCUAUCGUUGAUGAAAAACUUGCGGUGCUUUGUUUACCGAUUAAUCAUGAAUCCAAAAAAAGAAAAAGUGAAACAUCUACUGAUUUGACAGAAAAAGAAUUAUCAGAAGAUACCUUUGAUAAUACUUUGGACUCUGUGAAUAUUAGUACAUUAAUAGAAGCAGAAAUGGGUAAAACAGAAGCUAAAUUUGGAGAUAAUGAUGGAUUUGAUGCUUUUGCUAGUUACCUGGGUAAUGCUUGUGUUUCAACAAAUGUAAGUAAGCAAAUAACAAGAGAAUGUCCACAGAAUGAUGAUGAUGAUAUAUUUCCUUCUUUUCCUGAUACUCAAGCAUUGCAAAAAAUAGAAGCUAAAUUAGAAGAGAAACUCCCCAAUCACAACACUGAAAAUAAUAAACGAAUAAAUGAGAAUAAAAAUGUAAACAAGGAUGAAUAUAGUAAACAGAAAGUUGGAGAUGAAAAAUCUGCUACACCUUUGAAAUUAUGCUUCCAAGAAAGAUUGAAAUCUAAGGAAAGUGUCAAAGAAAAUAAGAUAGACCAAGAAAUAGCAGAACGAUCUAUUCUAUUUGAGAAUGAACACGUUACCACAGAAUAUAGAAAAGAAGUUAGUGAAUUAUUUGAGCAGAUUGAGAAUUCUAUAUGUGCAAUGGGAGAAGAUGAAAUAAAAGUUAAUGUCCCAGAAGAAAUAUUAGAUAUAAUAUUCAAUGAAAACAAUGAAGCUUUCUCCAAUAAAACAGAUAGAGGAAAUGACAGUGAGGAAUUACAACUUACUAGUUCUAAUUUAAAUUCAAGUUUUGGUACUCUUAUUAGAAAAGCACUUAUUAAUAAUUCCACAAAAACUUGUAUAGAAAGAAAGAAGAAACAAAUUGAAACAUUGAAUUUAAGCUCUAGUGAAGCAUAUUCAACAUUUUGUAGCCUGGGCCCUUUCUUUGGACUGCCUUUACAUGUUAAGAAUCUAAUCAAGCAAUUCAAAGGAAUAGAAGAACUUUAUGAUUGGCAAGAAGAAUGCUUAAAACUUCCAGCAAUAGAAAAUAAAAAGAAUUUGAUAUAUGCUUUGCCCACAAGCGGAGGGAAGACCUUGGUAGCUGAAAUUUUAAUGUUCAGGGAGUUACUGUGCUAUAAAAAAAAUGCUAUUUUCAUUUUACCAUAUGUGUCCAUUGUUCAAGAGAAGGUAUGGGCUAUAUCACCAUUUGGUGUUGCUUUAGAUUUUUUAGUGGAAGAGUAUGCUUCUAGUAAAGGAGUUUAUCCGCCCAGACAACGACGAAGAAAAAAUUCAAUAUAUGUAGCUACAAUCGAAAAAGCUUUAGGUAUUAUUAAUAGUCUAAUUGAAACGGGAAGGCUACAUGAGAUAGGUCUCAUAGUUGUCGAUGAAUUUCAUUUAAUCGGAGAAGAUGGACGAGGAUCUAUAUUGGAAGCAGCUCUCACGAAAAUUUUGUUUUUAAAAUCCAAUAUACAAAUAAUUGCCAUGAGCGCCACUAUAGGCAACGUAUCAGAUUUGUGUACAUUUUUGAAUGCCGACGUAUAUACAAAAAAUUUCAGACCAGUUGAGUUGGUUGAAUAUGUGAAAUGUACCAACAACAUUGCAAAGAUUAACUGGAAUUAUAAAGACGAACAAGAUUUAUUGGUAGAUCAAAAGAAAAUUGAUUUUAAGUAUUCUGAAUCGAUUUUGAAGUUAGAUCCAGAUUUUUUGGGUGGUUUAGUAAUGGAAGUUAUUCCAAAUGGGUCAUGUCUCGUGUUUUGUGCAUCUAAGAAGAAUUGCGAAAAUGUAGCUAAUUUAUUAUGCAAAAUUUGUAAACCGGAUCUCAAAAAGCACAAAAAAGAAGAAAAGCAACAACUGUUACAUGCCCUAAAAGAUGAAAGUGGAAAACUGUGUGAUAUUUUAUCGAUUUCUGUACAAUAUGGUAUAGCGUAUCACCAUUCAGGUUUAACGAGUGAUGAGAGACGUAUAAUAGAAGAAGGCUUUAGAGCUGGAUUAAUAUACGUAAUAUGCUGCACCUCUACUCUUGCUGCUGGAGUCAAUUUACCUGCACAAAGAGUAAUAUUAAGAUCUCCUUAUAUUGGAAAAGAUUUUAUAAAUCUUUCCCGUUAUAAACAGAUGGUAGGAAGAGCAGGAAGAGCCGGAUUAGGAGAAACGGGAGAGAGUAUAUUGAUAUGUCAACCACUAGAUUUACCUAAGGUAAAGGACUUGUUGAUGUCACCUAUGAAUAAAGCUAUGUCCAAUAUGCAUAUGAAUGAUGGAAAAGGAUUAAGGCAUUUGCUCCUAAGUUGCAUAAGCUUAGGAGUUGCAAAUACCAGAGUACAAUUGCAAGAAGUAGCAGCUCACACAUUAUUGGCCGUUCAAAAAAAUGUUCUUGAUGUAGAUAUUAAAAAAAUAACGGAUGCAGUAAUCAAGAAUCUUUUUAAAUUGGGAGCCCUAAAGGAUUAUGCUUCUAAAGUGAAAGAAAAAGAUAUUUCUACUGGUUUGGCUGAUGUUUCUGUUAGAAUGGAUACAUCUCUUCAAGACACACCAGUAAGUGAAAGUACAGAAACGCAUAGCAAAAAGAAGAGAAUUGUGCUAACAAAUGAUACUAAGUUAGUGGUUAGCGAAUUAGGGUGCGCAGCCAUUAAAGGCGGAUUGGAGCUUUCAAGGGCGCAUAUGCUGUAUGAAGAUCUUUUCGAAGCUCAAUCUUGCUUAGUUCUACAAGGCCACUUGCAUCUAUUGUAUUUGGUUACCCCUUAUCAGACUGCGGAUCAAAUAAAACCAAAUAAUCAAGUUUAUUAUGAAGUGUUUACCCGAUUAAAGCCUAGUGAAUUAAAAGUAGCAAGAACUUUGGGAUUAAAUGAAUCCGUAGCUGUUAGAAUGUUAUCAAACAAUCCCAUCAAGACUGUACCAGAAAGAGUAUUAAACAGAUUUUAUUUAACAUUGAUGCUGUACGAUUUAUGGAACGAAAUACCAGUUUUUCAAGUAUCAGAAAAAUAUCAGAUCAAUAGAGGUAUUGUACAGAAUCUAAUGACGGCCGCUGCCACUUUUGCAUCAAACGUAGUGAACUUUUGUGAACAAUUGGAAGAAUUUUGGGCUUAUGCUUACCUAUUAAAAGGUAUGAGCCAGAGAUUAUCACACUGUUGUGUUAAAGAACUAUUACCUUUAAUGGACCUUCCAGCUGUAAAACAGAGUAGAGCAAAGCAGUUAUAUAAUGCCGGUUUUAAAACUUUACAAAGCAUCGCAAAGGCGAAUGCAAAUGCAUUGGUGGAAAAUAUAGAGUUUAUGUCUCUUAGAGUAGCAAAUCAACUUAUUGCAGCAUCCAAGAUGUUGCUUCUUGAGAAAGUUGAAAACUUAAGAGAAGAAGCCGAAGAUGUUCUAGAUGGCGUUGACGUACCUAGAGAUAGAGUUUAAUAUAAUUUUGAAUACUUUAUACAAUUUGAAGGUUUUAGUUUUCAAUUUGAUAAUGAAUAAAAAAGUUUUUAAACUGA